AUGAACAAGGUAAAAGAGCUGGAAAAAGGCAUUACCGGCCGAUUGAAUAUACUGGAACAACACCAACGCGAGUGCAACUUAGAAAUGAACGGCGUGCCAGAGAACCGCUCUGAGAAUAUUACAAAACUAAUAGGAAUACUAGCUAGCAAAAUUGAGUGUCCUAUUUCCGAAACUGACAUCGUCCACGCAUCUAGAGUCGCUAAAAUAAAUAAAGAAAAUGAUAGACCACGCACUAUAAUCUUUAAGCUGCGAUCCCGACUCCUGCGCGAUAGCUUACUGGCCGCGGUGCAGACUUACAACAAGCACAAUCCUCGUGAAAAAAUAAACUCUCAUCACCUAGGGAUUAGUGGAAACUGUGUUCCAAUUUAUGUAUCAGAACACUUGAGCCCUACUAACAAGUCCUUACAUGCUGCUGUCAGACUUAAAGCGAAAGAACUUGGAUACAAGUUUGUCUGGGUCCGCGACGGUAGAAUUUACGCGAGAAAAGACGAAUUCUGCUCCGCGCUUCAUAUACGGUCUAUGGACGGAUUACGUAUUAUGGAGACCCGUUGA